AUGAAAGAUGCCAUUUUCCCUCUUUCUUAUUAUUCACACGUUAUUCGAAUUAAAUCACUCUCACAUUUUCAAGUACUUUUCAUGAGUCGUUUUUCCUUUGAUGAAUAAUAACACAAAGUCAAGAAACCGGUCUCAUGGUCAUCUGACCUUCAACUUCGGUUAUUCGUUCGAAAAGAUAUCAGCGAACAGUCAGUUAAUGGCCAUGUUCAAGGAUCAGAUGAAACAACUUUUUUUAGAGUUGGGAUGUUUUAAAACAUUUUACUGACGCAAAAAUUAUCAACACUGAAGAGAAAAUGACUGCUAUAGUGUUAGAAAAAGCGAGGGUAUUGCCACUGUUAAUGGCACUCUGCAUUUUGCUUGGAGUCGGAGCACCAUAUCUCAUAACAGUUAUAUCGGGAAAAGUUGAAAUGUUCCUACCAUAUAUCAGUCACACUUCUGCAUUUCCACCACAGUCGGCACUUAUGAGCAUUUUCGCAGCAAUAGGAACAUUUUUUGCUGUCCCCACUUUCCUACUUCGUUAUGUGGCUAUACACCAAAAAAGAAGGCGCCUGGAACCAAAGAAGAUUCAAGUUUUAAAUACUAUUGCUGUUUUCAUAGGAUGCCUAGCGAAUUUAGCAAUGUUAUUUUCUAGUCAUUACCCUAUUGGUUACAUAACACACCACAUUGACGAUUGGAUGGGGUCUGUUUUUAUCCCUCAUUUCUCCUGCACGGCUAUCCUGGUCACAUCCUACACAUUUUAUGUGUUGAUACAAGCCUACCUAACAUAUGUGCAACGGAAGAAGACCACAAAGAAUGUAUUCUUUCAUGCGACGCUCGCCAUGUGCGUCGUUAUAACAUGCUGGACAUCUUGCCUACCAUUUUAUGCAGCUAUGCGAGAAAUGAGUCCUCGUAUUGUAAAUCAAGAUACUGGAGAAAUUAACCUUGACUCAAAGGAGUAUAGUUUCUAUUACAUCAUCAGUUCCUUAUCUCAGUGGGCUUUCACUUUCUUCAGCGUUCUUUUCAUUGCUACAUUUUACAGGGACUUUAAGCACAUGAAGCUCACAAUAAGAGUGAAGCAGAAACAAAUUACAAAGAUGCACUUGGACAGCGUCCAUAGACGCAACGGAAAUGAAGAAAUUACGAAAAUGUGAAAUGAAUCCGAUAUAGAGGAUAGAAGAUAUUCAAAUGUACUCAGGAACUGCAACUUUUCAGGAAUAUUUCAUGAAUGAUUCUUGCAGAUAUUUUAUGUGAUUAAAAAUAGCCUAUAAUGAUCAAGAUUGAGUUCUUGAAUUAAGACCUUUUAUUUGAAGGAAUAAAAAUUUAAAGACUGAACCAAUGUAUUAUGUAAGAUAGAUUAUUCUUGUACAAAAUGUAGGUCUCAAGUUUAACUGCAUGCUAUUUUUUCCAAACAAUGGUCGAAUCAUGUUAUAAUUUUUUUCUAUUAAAUUUUCAGUACACUGAGAAAAAUUCCGGAUCAAAUUCCUUUAAAAAGAACUGGCAUUGAUUGUGCCGGUACUUUUUUACCGUAAAGUCUAUUUUUACCUGAAAAUGUUACGGCGGAUGUUACAUGUUAUCUUUUACAGUAAUAAUUACAGUAAAAUCAUUGAAUCACUCUAACUAAAAAAAUAUUACUGUAAAAAUUAUUUAAUAAUAUUUUACUGCAAAAAUGGAUGUAAUGGUAAAAUGGAUUUUACUGGAAAAUGAAUUUUAAAGAUAAUUCCCCCAAAGUGCCUGUACUUUAUACAGUAAUUUAAUUCCGAGUCUUUUACAAUGUACCAGUAUAACCACAUUUGCUUGCUAAUAGCAAUAUUUCAACCACAGCUUUUGUCUGCAAAUUUUAUAAGAAAAUGCAAAAACAUAAUAAAAAUAUUUUUCUUUGACUGUUACAAAUCGCAUAUUGAAAUUAUCAUGCAUAUUGAAAAUUCUAGGUUAUUAUUAUUUAAUUACUGUACUAUUCGAUAAUCUCUAUGGGAAGUACAAUAUAACAAUUUUGAAUUUUGAUUGUGUCUUUUUUUAUCACCUCUGUAAGAGUUGAAAAUAAAGCUGCUGUAUACAAAAAAAAACCUUUAUGUACAGUUACAAAAUAAUCAAAAUAGUUUUUUGACCACUAUUUUUGUUUAUGUAUUGAGCAGAUAUUUUUCAUGUAUAAUCAUUAAAUAUUGGACUCUCAAAAGAAUCGACAAAUAUUGUAUUUCUUAUGAACUUUUAUUGCAUUCAUCACUAUGACCGCAUUGCUCUUGUAUAACAAUUUAACUCAAAGUUUCUGCGUGGUACCAAAGUUUCUUAUACACGAAUUUGUAAGUUACCAAAAUAUUGUGUAACCAAUUUUACAGCUGAUAUCUUAAUCCCCUUGGUUAUCAAAAACUACAGUAGCUCUUCUACAAACUAAAUGAAAACUAUAAAAUUUUU